AUGAAGAAUCUAGCAGUUCUGGUUGCUGUGAUUUUCUUCUCAUGCUGUGUCACAUCUCAAGUCACAGCAAGUGACUUGUUAUCAGACCAAUCAUUGCAUAGUGAAAAAUUUUGGAAUCACCCCUUCUACCCUUACUACCACCCUAAACCACAUUGGCCGUUUCCACGUGCUGCCGGAAAGGCAUUCCCGUCAAUCUCCACGGGCUACAAUUACCCCUUCCACCCAAUUCCCUUCCAUCCACCACCGGUAGUCAUCAAAUGCUUGUCUGAUUGCAAGGAGGUACGCACUUGUUUGGUGGAUAUUGCUAAGGCUUUUUACACUCGCAAACCCCUUAUUGGAACGGAAUGUUGCGCUUCCAUACAGAAGAUGGAUAGAGACUGUGAUAAGACUAUCUUUGGAGCUUACCAUAACCCUUUCUUUGACUACGUUGUUAAGCUACAUUGUGCCACCAAAGCUGGAUCUAUUGCUUCUGCUCCAUCACCGGCUUAG